CCUGGGGGCCGCUUUGCACAAGGUUCUCCAUGGCCCUGCCCAUCCUGCCUCCACCACUUCCUGUUUUCCCCACAGGGCCCCAAGAGAAAUUCUCCACUGUCACUCUGUGGCUUGGCCAUAAAUGCCUUGGGGCUGCCUCACUGAUGGGUCUGGCACUGUUUGAACAGGAAGACAGACCAAAAUGAACACAGAAUGAGAGAAACCAAUUUCUGGAUUGGGGGUGGGGCACAGCAGUAGAGGAGGAAGCCUAUGUCCUUUAGGAUCCGCCUCCAGACUCAGAGAAGGGAGACAAGUCACAAGUGACAGUCUUGGCAGUGGGGGGGCGGGGGUCUCCUUUUACCAGCCCACCGUGCCAUAUGGUAAAUGAAAUGCUGAGGAUUACACCCCGCUCCCUCCCCCUUUAGUGUUCCAGGUGGGAUCGGGUUAUCUUUCUCUUGGGGAGGAAGUGGAUUUUCAGAACUAACGCCUCAGCCGUGCACCUCACGUGCGUGGGUAUAAUGCCUUAGGUUUCCGUUGACGUCUGAAAAAAAAGGCACAACCUGAAAGACCCAGGGCCGGGUUUCGGCCCCCAAUCCCUGUGGGGCAGGAGGAAAAGCCCCCUGAGGCCACAGGGAGGCUGCCCGGCGGCGCGUUUGGCCACUUGAAAGGGCUGGACUCCACUUCCCAGCGGGCACCGCGGCGCUGUUCCCGCCCCCUUCCUUGGUGCGCGCCGUGUAGGUGAGCCCGCGGCCGCGCCUUAGCUCAGGCCCCCCGCUGCCCCGAGUUGGUAGGCUCCGCCGCCGGGGCAGCUGGCUUCCCAGCCCUGGCGGCCGGGCCCUUCCAAGCCGCGUGCGGGGGGAAGGAGGUGAGGUGUGGGGAGAGGAUCAGAAAGUCUCAGGUGCAGAUUAUCCUGAGAAGUUACUUUCAGAUUAAUCGAUAUUUCGUCGAAAUGGGUUCUAUUACCAUGUCGGAUUAAAAUCUGUGUGAGGAGCCUAACCAAAGGUAUUCGUUCGGGUCCUCCCCUUGCAACUCAGUGGCGCUGGACUGGCCCAGCACGCCCCGUCUCGUUCCCACUUCCACACGGAUAGGCGUGUGCGCGCCCGCCUUUCUCCCGUCGUCCGCUCCACCCCUCAGCGCGGUUUGGUGCAGCCCAGUCCCCCCAGGGGUGAAUGGUACGGCCCCGGCCCCCUCAGCCUCCGGCUUCCGCACCGGGUCGGAGAGGUACGCGCCCCCCGGUGCGGACGCGGAACUGGCGCCAGCUCGCGGCGGCGCCGAGCGCCGGGGCGACUGACGCUCCGCUGCCGGGGGACGUCCGGCCCGGCCUAGCCGGUCCCCCGAGGCUCGGAAGACUUGGACUUUCAGAUAAUAUCAGAAUUUCUCCUGGAAACACUGACUCCUUGCUUGGUGCCCUGAAGUUGCUCUGAGAUGAACCGAUGAAUUGGAACCAUGGUGCAAAAGAAGAAGUUCUGUCCUCGGUUACUUGACUAUCUAGUGAUCGUAGGGGCCAGGCACCCGAGCAGUGAUAGUGUGGCCCAGACUCCUGAAUUGCUGCGACGAUACCCAUUAGAGGAUUAUGCUGAGUUUCCCCUGCCCCCAGACGUAGUAUUCUUCUGCCAGCCAGAGGGCUGUCUGAGUGUGCGGCAGCGGCGCAUGAGCCUUCGGGAUGAUACCUCUUUUGUCUUCACCCUCACUGACAAGGACACAGGAGUCACGCGUUACGGCAUCUGCGUUAACUUCUACCGCUCCUUCCAAAAGCGAAUACCUAAGGAAAAGGGGGAAGGUGGGGCAGGGUCCCGUGGGAAGGAAGGAACCCGUGUCACCUGCUCCUCAGAAGAGGUUGGCACUGAGAGCUCAGAGAGUGGCUCAUCCCUGCAGCCUCCCAGUGCCGACUCCACCCCGGAUGUGAACCAGUCUCCUCGGGGCAAACGCCGGGCCAAGGGGGGCAGCCGUUCCCGCAACAGUACUCUGACGUCCCUGUGUGUGCUCAGCCACUACCCUUUCUUCUCCACCUUCCGAGAGUGUCUGUACACCCUCAAACGUCUGGUGGACUGCUGUAGUGAGCGACUGCUGGGCAAGAAACUGGGUAUCCCUCGAGGUGUACAAAGGGACACCAUGUGGCGGAUCUUUACUGGAUCACUGCUAGUGGAGGAGAAGUCAAGUGCCCUUCUGCAUGAUCUUCGAGAGAUUGAGGCCUGGAUCUAUCGAUUACUGCGCUCCCCAGUGCCCGUCUCUGGGCAGAAGCGAGUAGACAUUGAGGUCCUGCCCCAGGAGCUCCAGCCAGCUCUCACCUUUGCUCUUCCAGACCCCUCUCGAUUCACCCUAGUGGAUUUCCCACUGCACCUUCCCUUGGAACUUCUGGGUGUGGAUGCCUGUCUUCAGGUGCUAACCUGCAUCCUGUUAGAACACAAGGUGGUACUACAGUCCCGAGAUUACAAUGCACUCUCCAUGUCUGUGAUGGCAUUUGUGGCAAUGAUCUACCCCCUGGAAUAUAUGUUUCCUGUCAUCCCACUGCUUCCCACCUGCAUGGCAUCGGCAGAGCAGCUGCUGUUGGCUCCAACCCCAUAUAUCAUCGGGGUCCCUGCCAGCUUCUUCCUCUACAAACUGGACUUCAAAAUGCCUGAUGAUGUAUGGCUAGUGGAUCUGGACAGCAAUAGGGUGAUUGCCCCCACCAAUGCAGAAGUGCUACCUAUCCUGCCAGAACCAGAAUCAUUAGAGCUGAAGAAACAUUUAAAGCAGGCCCUAGCAAGCAUGAGUCUCAACACUCAGCCCAUCCUCAAUCUGGAGAAAUUUCACGAGGGCCAGGAGAUCCCACUUCUGUUGGGAAGGCCUUCUAAUGACCUGCAGUCCACACCUUCCACUGAAUUCAACCCACUUAUCUAUGGCAAUGAUGUGGAUUCUGUGGAUGUUGCAACCAGAGUGGCCAUGGUGCGUUUCUUCAACUCUGCCAACGUGCUGCAGGGCUUUCAGAUGCACACACGUACCCUGCGUCUCUUCCCUCGGCCUGUGGUAGCUUUCCAAGCUGGUUCCUUUCUAGCCUCACGUCCCCGGCAGACUCCUUUUGCUGAGAAACUGGCCAGGACUCAGGCUGUGGAGUACUUUGGGGAAUGGAUCCUUAACCCCACCAACUAUGCCUUUCAGCGAAUUCACAACAAUAUGUUUGAUCCAGCCCUGAUUGGUGACAAGCCGAAGUGGUAUGCUCAUCAGCUGCAGCCCAUCCACUAUCGAGUCUAUGAUAGCAAUUCCCAGCUGGCCGAGGCACUGAGCGUGCCACCAGAGCGUGACUCUGACUCUGACCCUACUGACGACAGUGGCAGUGAUAGUAUGGAUUAUGAUGACUCGAGCUCUUCUUAUUCCUCUCUUGGUGACUUUGUCAGUGAAAUGAUGAAAUGCGACAUCAAUGGUGACACUCCCAAUGUGGACCCUCUAACGCAUGCAGCACUGGGGGAUGCCAGCGAAGUGGAGAUUGAUGAGCUUCAGAACCAGAAGGAAGCAGAGGAGCCUGGCCCAGACAGCGAGAACUCUCAGGAAAACCCCCCACAGCGCUCUAGCUCCAGCACCACCGCCAGCAGUAGCCCCAGCACCGUCAUCCAUGGAGCCAACUCUGAACCUGCUGACUCUACCGAGAUGGAUGAUAAGGCAGCAGUAGGCGUCUUCAAGCCCCUCCCGUCCGUGCCUCCCAGCGUUGGCAAAUCGAACGUGGACAGGCGUCAGACAGAAAUUGGAGAGGGGUCAGUGCGCCGGCGAACCUAUGACAAUCCAUACUUCGAGCCCCAAUAUGGCUUUCCCCCUGAGGAAGAUGAUGAUGAGCAGGGGGAAAGUUACACUCCCCGAUUCAGCCAACAUGUCAAUGGCAAUCGGGCUCAAAAGCUGCUGCGGCCCAACAGUUUGAAGCUGGCAAGUGACUCAGACGCAGAGUCAGACUCUCGGGCAAGCUCUCCCACCUCCACCGUCUCCAACACCAGCACCGAGGGCUUCGGGGGCAUCAUGUCUUUUGCCAGCAGCCUGUAUCGGAACCACAGUACGAGCUUCAGUCUUUCAAACCUUACACUGCCCACCAAAGGUGCCCGAGAGAAGACUACACCCUUCCCCAGUCUGAAAGGAAACAGGAGGGCCUUAGUGGAUCAGAAGUCAUCUGUCAUAAAACACAGCCCAACAGUGAAAAGAGAACCUCCAUCACCCCAGGGUCGAUCCAGCAAUUCUAGUGAGAACCAGCAGUUCCUGAAGGAGGUGGUGCACAGCGUGCUGGAUGGCCAGGGAGUUGGCUGGCUCAACAUGAAAAAGGUGCGCCGGCUGCUGGAGAGCGAGCAGCUGCGAGUCUUUGUCCUGAGCAAGCUGAACCGCACAGUGCAGUCAGAGGACGAUGCCCGGCAGGACAUUAUCCCGGAUGUGGAGAUCAGUCGAAAGGUGUACAAGGGAAUGUUAGAUCUCCUCAAGUGCACAGUCCUCAGUCUGGAGCAGUCCUAUGCCCAUGCAGGUCUGGGUGGCAUGGCCAGCAUCUUUGGGCUUCUGGAGAUCGCCCAGACCCACUACUAUAGCAAAGAACCAGAUAAGCGAAAGAGAAGUCCAACAGAAAGUAUAAGUACCCCAGUUGGCAAGGAUCCUGGCCUGGCUGGGCGGGGGGACCCAAAAGCUAUGACACAGCUGCGAGUUCCCCAGCUGGGACCUCGGGCAUCAAGUGCCACAGGAAAAGGUCCUAAGGAACCAGACACCAGAAGUUUAAAGGAAGAGAAUUUUGUAGCAUCUAUUGAAUUGUGGAACAAGCACCAGGAAGUGAAAAAGCAAAAAGCUUUGGAAAAACAGAGGCCUGAAGUACUCAAACCUGUCUUUGACCUUGGUGAGACAGAGGAGAAAAAGUCCCAGAUCAGCGCAGACAGUGGUGUGAGCCUGACAUCUGGUUCCCAGAGGACUGAUCAAGACUCUGUCACUGGUGUGAGCCCAGCUGUUAUGAUCCGCAGCUCCAGUCAGGAUUCUGAAGUUAGCACCGUGGUGAGUAAUAGUUCUGGAGAGACCCUUGGAGCAGACAGUGACCUGAGUAGCAAUGCAGGUGAUGGACCAGGUGGCGAGGGCGGUGCCCACUUGGCAGGCUCUCGGGGCACUUUGUCUGAUAGUGAAAUUGAGACCAACUCUGCCACAAGCGCCAUCUUUGGUAAAGCCCACAGCUUAAAGCCAAGCAUAAAGGAGAAGCCGGCAGGCAGCCCAAUUCGCUCUUCUGAAGAUGUGAGCCAGCGAGUCUAUCUCUAUGAGGGACUCCUAGGAAGGGACAAAGGAUCGAUGUGGGACCAGUUAGAGGAUGCUGCUAUGGAGACCUUUUCUAUAAGCAAAGAGCGUUCUACUUUAUGGGACCAAAUGCAGUUCUGGGAAGAUGCGUUCUUAGAUGCUGUGAUGUUGGAGAGAGAAGGGAUGGGUAUGGACCAGGGUCCCCAGGAAAUGAUCGACAGAUAUCUAUCUCUGGGAGAACAUGAUCGGAAGCGCCUAGAGGAUGAUGAAGAUCGCUUGCUGGCCACGCUUUUGCACAACCUCAUCUCCUACAUGCUGCUGAUGAAGGUAAAUAAGAAUGACAUCCGAAAGAAGGUGAGGCGCCUAAUGGGAAAGUCCCAUAUUGGGCUUGUGUACAGCCAGCAAAUCAAUGAGGUGCUUGAUCAGCUGGCGAACCUGAAUGGACGUGAUCUCUCUAUCCGGUCCAGUGGCAGCCGGCACAUGAAGAAGCAGACAUUUGUGGUCCAUGCAGGGACGGACACGAAUGGAGAUAUCUUUUUCAUGGAGGUAUGCGAUGACUGUGUGGUGUUACGCAGUAACAUCGGGACGGUGUACGAGCGUUGGUGGUAUGAGAAGCUCAUCAACAUGACCUACUGUCCCAAGACCAAGGUGCUGUGCUUAUGGCGUAGAAAUGGCUCUGAGACCCAGCUCAACAAGUUCUAUACUAAAAAGUGUCGAGAGCUGUACUACUGCGUGAAGGACAGCAUGGAGCGUGCUGCCGCCCGACAGCAAAGCAUCAAACCUGGACCUGAACUGGGUGGCGAGUUCCCUGUGCAGGACAUGAAGACUGGAGAGGGUGGCUUGCUGCAGGUCACCCUGGAAGGGAUCAACCUCAAGUUCAUGCACAACCAGGUUUUCAUAGAGCUGAAUCACAUUAAAAAGUGCAAUACAGUUCGAGGCGUCUUUGUCCUGGAGGAAUUUGUUCCUGAAAUUAAAGAAGUGGUGAGCCACAAGUACAAGACACCAAUGGCCCACGAGAUCUGCUACUCUGUGUUGUGUCUCUUCUCGUAUGUGGCUGCAGUGCGUAGCAGCGAGGAAGAUCUCAGAACCCCACCCCGGCCUGUCUCUAGCUGAUGGAGAGGGGUUAAGCAGCUGCCCCUGCCCAGGGGUCGCCUCUUGCCGUUCCCAAGUGCACGAUGCUGCCGUGACUGAGGCAUGGAUGAUGCGUGUGUGUUCUCUGCAAGCCCCUUGGCUAAGUUGGUUACCAGUUACGCGUCUGAGUGUGUCUUGAGCAUGUCUGUCGCAGGGCUAAGCUAGACCCUUCCGCCUUCUCCCUCUCCACUCCCAGAAGACCAAACUACUGUCCCCUCAGGGCUUAAGUGUGUGUGUAUAUGUGUGUGUCUGUGUCCGUUGGGCCAGUGUGAGCCCACUACUGUGUGUCCUUGAGACGUUUGUGUUGUGGUUCCUUGUCCUUGGCAUUAUAACCUUCCAGCGCAGGAAUCUGGCUCUCCAUCCUCUGUGAUCCGGUAGGACUGGGCACCUGGAGAAUUCCACUCUGUGGGGAGUGAGGGGAACUUGGGGCCUGCCUCCCAGAUGAGGGGCAGGCAGGGAAGGGAAGGAAGAGACGGGGCAGCUGGAGGGAGUGGCAGCCUCCCUGCUGCCUUAUGCAUUUCCCAGGUUGGCAGCGGCUGCUUUGCUGCGGCCUGCCAUGGCCUCCACCCCCACAGCAGAGCAACGAUUUCCCUGUGGCCUGCCGUGCCUUCCGCAUGAGAGGACAGAGUGGUCGGGGCUAGUAGAGUCCCAGGGACCACUGGCUGCUCUGCCCUCAGCAUCAGGGAGGGGUGGGAAGGGCCCAAGUUGGGUACACAUAGCUGGUCUGCAGGCAGUACCUCCCGGGACUGGGCACCAGAAGGGAGAGACGGCCUGGGAGUGGGCAAGAGAUGAUUGUAAAUAUUUCAGCUCCUCAUUAUUUAUAGAAAAUGUACAGCUCUGUGUGAAUGUGAAAUAAAUGUCCUUGACUCCCCUUG